AUGGGAAAGCAGAACAGCAAGCUGACUCCAGAGGUGAUGGAGGACCUGGUGAAGAACACAGAGUUUAAUGAACACGAGCUGAAGCAGUGGUACAAAGGCUUCCUGAAAGACUGCCCCAGUGGCAGGCUGAAUCUGGAGGAGUUCCAGCAGCUUUAUGUCAAGUUCUUCCCCUAUGGCGACGCAUCAAAGUUUGCACAGCACGCCUUCAGAACCUUUGACAAGAACGGAGACGGGACCAUUGAUUUCCGAGAGUUCAUCUGCGCUCUGUCCAUCACAUCCCGUGGCAGCUUUGAGCAGAAGCUCAACUGGGCCUUCAACAUGUAUGACCUGGAUGGUGACGGCAAAAUCACCAGAGUGGAGAUGCUGGAGAUAAUCGAGGCUAUCUACAAAAUGGUGGGCACCGUGAUCAUGAUGAAGAUGAACGAGGACGGUUUGACACCAGAGCAGAGAGUGGACAAGAUCUUCAGCAAAAUGGAUAAGAACAACGACGACCAGAUCUCGUUGGAGGAGUUCAAAGAGGCGGCGAAGAGCGACCCGUCCAUCGUGCUCCUGUUGCAGUGUGACAUGCAGAAGUGA